GUGCUCAAUGCCUCAGAUCGUCCCCGUGCCCCAAAUGCCCAUGGACAAAUUUUGGAUCCCGUUUCUCGCCACACUCGUGCUCCUCCACCAAACCACGAGCGCCAGUGACCCCAAGGAUCUGAUCAGAGCCGUGGGUGAGUCCGUGACCUUCCGCACCCACGACAUGACAGGUGAAAAUGCAUUCUGGAGAUUUGGGAAUGAUCCCAUAGUGGUUGCGUCAUUUGAGGAUCCUCCUCAAGCCUUAUUUUCAACUAACAAAUUCACAAAGCGUUUUGCUGUCUCUGAGAAGGGCCGUGCACUCAGCGUCUCCCACCUGACACUGCAGGAUUCAGGGAUCUACUUUGCGACAAUUGGGGGAAAAACAUUUACCUUCACCCUCCAUGUGUACAAUAAGCUGGCAGAGCCCACAGUGACCUGCGAGGCCCAGAACUGCUCAGGUGGGAGCUGCCACUUCUUCCUGCGCUGCUCCACCUCUGGCACCGGCCUGGGGCAGGUGUCCUACACCUGGAGAGUGGGAGAUCGGCCCUGGGACGAGGGCUCCACGGUGCUGUGGGUGAAUAAAUUCUCAUCUUCGGAGGAGCCGCUGACGUGCACGGCACAGAACCCCGUCAGCAGCAGGAAAGUCACUGUCACCACCCCCAACGUGCUCUGCACAGGAGCCCUCUCCAGCAGCAGGUUCAUGAUCAUGCUCAUAGCCGGGGUUGGAGUCAAGGUGCUUUUAUCUGCUCUCCUGGUUCUCCUCCUGCACUUCUGCAAAUCCAGAGCCUGUAGGAAAUUCUGUCCCUCCAAAUCCAAGCCUACCGACACAGAGGCCACAUCCACGACCCUGUACACCAAGGUGGGCCCUUCCCAGCAGUACGUCUCUAACGGAAUUAAAGCCAAACCCUUGGGUGGGAAUUGCUCCAAAACCAUUUAUUCUCUGGUCAAGCAUCCAGACCAGGUGGAUGGUGGGACAGCAGAAAAUGCCCCCAUGACUCGCCUGGAGCUGGUCUAGAAGGACUUGGAACUGGUUUAAAGGAC